GGGAGGAUUUUUCUCCCCCCCCAAGUGAAGCAAGAAGAGUUGUUAAGUCGAAAAUGGAGCCUAUAUUUUACAUGCUGAUUUUUACCUGCAUGAUCUUUGGAAACUCAGAGGGUUUUCAGAUUAUCCACAUCCAGAAACAACAAUGCCUUUUCGAAAGUAAGAUGGUGUCAGUGGCCAUAUGCAAUGAAACCAGUCAAAACCAGCAGUGGAUGUGGACAGAUGAUGAAAAACUUCUCCAUGUUAAAUCUUCCCAGUGUCUGGGCAUCUCUAAUUCCUCAGCUUCCCAUUCUCGAGCUGCCAUCUUCCUCAACUGCUCUCAGGCUCCCACAUGGACAUGCCAUGAGAAAGAAGGGUUCCUUGAGAUGACAAAUUCUUCUUUCUUCCUCAAGAAACAAGGCAGCAGGGUAGUAGUCAAGAGGGGCAGGAAAUACCUCCAUAGCUGGAUGAAAAUAGAUGUCAACAAGAAAGGAGAAUCUACCAAUGAAAGUCUCUGCUUAAAGAAAGCUCACCAGGGUGGAGAAACUUUAGCAAGGAUCACUAGAAAUACCACUCCUCCAAAGAUCCCCAUUACCAUAAAUGCUGUUACAUAUGACCCCAAGAAUCUGCUUGGGCAUGUCACAGAGGUCCUAGCAAGGGAUGCUACUGAAAACUAUGGCAUCAGCAGCACUGGGAAUCCUCAUGUGCAGAUGACUGGGAUUACAGAGGAACCUUGGGCACAGACGACUACCCAACAGUAUCUCAGCACCACAGCAGAGAGUGGCCUCGGGGAGCCGCUGAGGUGCGACAUCAAUCUGACCCAAGCCAAGGUCUCCAGCAGCUCUGUCAGUCUCAGGUGGAGCACAGAAGGGUCACCCUGUAACUUUAGCCUCAUCUACAACUCCGACACCCCUAGAAGAGCCCCGUGCUUCCCUCGGCAGAUUGCCAACCAUACCUAUGAAUGUAACCCCGAGGAUUUACAGGCUGGAACAACCUAUCAUUUCAAUAUUUCGUCUCAGGAUGGAGAUACGAGAACCAUCUCCUUGCAAACAGACCCUUUACCUCCCAGAAGGUUUAAAGUUGACGUGGACAAGACCACUUCUACAAGCUUGCACGUCUGGUGGGUCCGGUCUUUGGGAAAGGUGGAUUCAUAUGAGCUACAGUUGUUCAAUGACAAGAACCAGAAGAUCCAGGAGACUAUAAUUCCAGAAAGUGUUUCACAAAAUGAAAAUACUUUUUCCAACCUCACUGCUGGUAGCAAAUAUUAUUUUGCCAUUCAAGCAAUUUCUGGAAAUAAAAGCAGCUCUGCGAUUCACGUCAAUGGAUCUACCAUACCAUUCCCAGUGAAAGCUAUCCAAGCCUCCACCAAGACUGAUGCUCUCCAGGUUUCCUGGUCCUCAGGUCCUGGCAAUGUGGAUCAAUAUAGGGUGAUAUUACUGGAUAAAGGGGGAAUAGUUCAUGAUGUCAGUGCAGAAAAGCAUGUUACUACUCACACUUUUCAUGGACUGACCCCAGGCCAUCUCUACAACCUCACAAUUGUAACUGAAGCAGCGGGGCUACGGAACUACAAGUCUAAAUUAAUUAGGACAGUUCCUGAGAAAGUUACAAAGUUGAAGCUGAUCAGUAAUGGUUGGAUGAGAUCCCUCAGAGUGGGUUGGUUGCCUCCUACUGGAGACUGGGAGUUGUACCGCAUUGUGCUGUUCAAUGGUUCUUCAGUGCUGCUCAACACUACCGUGGGGAAAGAUGCAAAGGUCUUUGAUUUCCAUGACCUAGGGCUCAUACCUGGAAGACAGUAUGAGGUAGAGGUCACUGUUGAGAGUGGAGGCUUAAAGAACACUGCUCGCUGCCAAGGUCGAACAACCCCCCAGCCUGUUGUGCAGCUCCGAGUAAAGCACGCCAAUGAAUCCUCUCUGAGCAUCAUGUGGCUGACCCCUGUAGCAGAAUGGGAUAAAUACGCCAUUUCACUAGCAGACAGGGAUCUCAUAUUCAUCCACAAGGCAUUAUCCAAAGAAGCUAAAGAAUUCACGUUCACAGACCUGGUGCCUGGAAGAAAGUAUGUUGCCACAGUUACCAGCAUCAGUGGAGAUUUGAGAAAUUCAUCAUGGGUAGAAGGAAGAACAGUGCCUGCUCAGGUGACUGGCUUGAAUGUAUUCAAUCAAGGGACAACCAAUAGUUUAUUCACCAACUGGACCAGAGCACAAGGAGACAUUGAGUUCUACCAAGUUUUACUAAUUCACGAAAAUGUUGUUAUUAAAAACGAGAGUGUGUCCAGUGAGACCAGUGGCUACAGCUUCCACUCCCUCAAGCCUGGUGGCCUCUAUUCAGUGGUGGUUACAACAUUCAGUGGAGGGAUCUCUUCCCGACAAAUGGUGGGAGAGGGACAGACAGUCCCUUCUAGUGUCAGUGGAGUAACACUGAAUAAUUCUGGUCGGAGUGAUUACCUCAGCAUUUCCUGGCUACCAGCUCCUGGAGAUGUAGAUAGCUAUUCCGUGACUCUCUCUCAUGGUGAUAAGAUUGUUCAGUCUCUUGCUAUUGCAAAAUCCACCAGCGAAUGCUCCUUCAGCUCUCUCACUCCUGGCCGACUGUUCAACGUAACUAUAACCACAAGAAGUGGCAAGUAUGAGAACUAUUCCUUCGGCCAGGAGCGCACAGUGCCCUCAAAAGUUCAGGGACUUACUAUUAGCAACUCUGCCAUGAGUGACCAUUUGAAAGUAUCCUGGCUGCAUGCCACUGGAGAUUUUGAUCAAUACGUGGUUGUCAUCACCAACAAGAAUAAUUCCGUCCAAACCAAGAUCAUCCCUAAGACUGAAAAUGAAUGCAUCUUUGGAAAUCUUGUCCCCGGGCGUCUAUACAGUGUCACCGUUAGUACCAAGAGUGGAAAUUAUGAAGCCAGUGAGCGGAUGAAUAAGAGAACAAUCCCAGAGUCUGUGAAAGAGUUAGCGCUGCGUAAUAGGAGUACGGAAGAGCUGCAUGUCACCUGGGUGCGGGCUGACGGAGAUGUUGAUCAGUAUGAGAUUCAGCUUUGCUUCAAUGAUGUGAAGGUCCUUCCUUCCCUUCACCUUGUAAAUACUGCAACUGAGUAUCGGUUCACAUCCCUAACCCCGGGCCGUCUGUACAAGAUUCUCGUUUUGACAAUCAGCGGAGAUGCACAAAAGUCAGCCUUCAUUGAGGGCUUAACAGCUCCCAGUCCUGUAAAAAAUAUACAUGUUUCUCCUAAUGGGAUGACAGACAGCCUGAAAGUAAACUGGACACCUGGUGGAGGAGACGUGGAUUCGUACACAGUGACAGCCUUUAGGCAGAACCAUAAAAUCGAUUCACAGACCAUCCCCAAGCGUAUCAAUGAACACACAUUUCACAAAUUAGAAGCAGGGGAAGUGUACCAGAUUGUGGUGGAAUCUAUCAGUGGCUCCUUGAGUAACCAGGUGGAAACCCUGGGUCGAACAGUGCCUGCAUCUGUCCAGGGAUUAUAUGCCGAUAAUGCAUACAGUAGUCACUCACUGAUAGUGAAUUGGCAAGGAGCAGCUGGUAUGGCGGAAAGAUAUGAUAUCCUACUUCUAAAUGAAGAAGGGACGCUUCUGAGCAACAAAUCGGAGCUGGCUUCAGUAAAGCAACACAAAUUUGAAGAUUUAAUCCCAGGAAAGAAGUACAAGAUACAAAUACUCACUGUCAGUGGAGGUCUCUUCAGUGUUAGGGCUGAAACUGAAGGUCGGACAGUCCCAGCAGCUGUAACCAAUCUGAGGAUCACGGAGAAUUCCACCAGCCACCUAGCGUUCACCUGGACCACCUCUGAAGGAGAGCUCAACUGGUACAACAUCUUCCUGUACAACCCAGACAAGACGCUUCAGGAGCGAGCCAAGGUGGAGCCUGGAGUUCAGUCCUGUGCUUUUCAGAACCUGAUGCAAGGCAGAAUGUACAAAAUGGUGAUUGUGACACAUAGUGGGGAGCUUUCAAAUGAGUCAUUUAUAUUUGGUAGAACAGUCCCAGCCCCAGUGAACAAUCUCAAAGGAUCCAAUCAGAACAUGACAGACAGCCUCUGGUUCACCUGGAGCCCUGCCCCUGGGGAUCUAGAUUCUUAUGAACUGAUUCUUUACAACCCCAAUGGCACACAGAAGGAAAACUGGAAAGCAAAAGACCUCACAGAGAAGCAUUUCCAUAGCCUUGUUCCUGGGAGAAAGUAUACUCUAAGUGUGGUGACUCAUAGCGGUGACCUCACCAAUACCAUCACUGCUGAGAGCAGAACAGCACCAAGGCCUCCCAGUACUUUGUCCUUUGCUGAUGUGGCAAACACCUCCCUGGCCAUCACAUGGCUGGGUCCACCAGAUUGGACAGACUAUGAUGACUUUGAGCUGCAAUGGUUUCCAAGAGACCAACUCACCAUCUUCAACCCCUACAGUAACAGAAAAUCAAAGGGGCGCAUUGUGUACGGUCUUCAUCCAGGGCGGUUCUAUCAGUUCAAUGUCAGGACUGUCAGUGGCGAAUCAUGGAAAACCUACAGCCAACCCAUUUCUGGAACAGUGAGGACAAGGCCAGACAAAAUACAAAACCUGCAUUGCCGUCCACAGAAUUCCACAGCCAUUGCCUGUUCCUGGAUCCCUCCUGAUUCGGACUUUGAUGCGUACAGCAUUGAAUGCAGGAAAGUGGACACCGAGGAGGUGGAAUUCUCCCGAAGGCUGGACAAAGACAAAUCUGUGCUCAAUAUCAUGACCCUAGUCCCUCAUAAGCAGUACCGUGUGUCCAUCAAAGUGCAGUCUGAGGGCAUGACCAGCGAGGUGGUGGAAGAGACCACAAUCACUAUGAUUGAUCGCCCUCCUCCACCACCUCCACAUAUUCGCGUGAAUAAAAAGGAUGUGUUAAUUAGCAAGUCUUCCAUCAACUUUACUUUCAACUGCAGCUGGUUCAGUGAUACCAAUGGGGCUGUGAAAUAUUUUACAGUAGUGGUGAGAGAGGCCGAUGGCAGUGACGAAUUGAAGCCAGAGCAACAGCACCCCCUGCCUUCCUACUUUGAAUAUCGCCACAAUGCCUCCAUCCGAGUCUAUCAGACCAACUAUUUUGCAAGCAAAUGCGCAGAAAGUCCAGAGUUCAAUUCAAAGAGUUUUAACAUUAAACUUGGAGCAGAGAUGGAAAGCCUGGGUGGUAAAUGUGAUUCAAAUCGGCAAAAAUUCUGUGACGGUCCCCUGAAGCCCCGCACUGCCUACAGAAUCAGCAUUCGAGCCUUCACUCAGUUAUUUGAUGAGAACCUGAAGGAAUUUACAGAGCCGCUCUUCUCAGAUACAUUUUUCUCUUUGCCCAUCACUACCGAAUCAGAGCCUUUGUUUGGAGUUAUUGAAGGAGUGAGUGCUGGACUGUUCCUAAUUGGCAUGCUGGUGGCGGUCAUUGCCUUAUUUAUCUGUAGACAGAAAGUGAGCCAUGGUCAGGACAGACCCACGGCCAGACUCAGCAUCCGUAGGGAUAGACCAUUGUCCGUCCAUCUGAACCUGGGGCAGAAAGGAAACCGGAGAACUUCUAGCCCCAUAAAAGUUAAUCAGUUUGAAGCACACUUCAUGAAGCUACAAGCAGAUUCCAACUAUCUUCUCUCCAAAGAAUAUGAGGAUUUAAAAGAGGUGGGUCGAAACCAGUCAUGUGAUACGGCCCUCUUGCCAGAGAACAGAGGGAAAAAUCGAUACAACAAUAUACUGCCCUAUGAUACAACGAGAGUGAAACUUUCUAAUGUCGAUGAUGACCCUUGCUCGGACUAUAUCAAUGCCAGCUACAUACCAGGCAACAACUUUAGAAGAGAAUACAUUGCUACUCAAGGGCCCCUUCCUGGCACCAAAGAUGACUUUUGGAAAAUGUCGUGGGAACAGAAUGUCCACAACAUCGUAAUGGUGACCCAGUGUGUAGAGAAGGGUCGGGUCAAAUGUGAUCACUAUUGGCCAGCCGACCAAGAUUCCCUCUAUUAUGGAGACCUCAUCGUGCAGAUGCUAUCGGAGUCUGUGCUGUCGGAAUGGACAAUCAGAGAAUUUAAAAUAUGCAGUGAGGAACAGCUUGAUGCAAACAGACUCAUCCGUCACUUUCACUACACAGUCUGGCCAGAUCAUGGAGUUCCAGAGACCACCCAAUCCCUGAUCCAGUUUGUAAGGACAGUCAGGGAUUAUAUUAACAGAACACCAGGGGCUGGGCCCACCAUUGUGCACUGCAGUGCUGGUGUGGGUAGGACAGGAACCUUCAUUGCACUGGACCGCAUCCUGCAACAGUUAGACUCCAAGGACUCUGUUGACAUUUAUGGAGCAGUGCAUGAUCUCAGACUUCAUAGGGUUCACAUGGUUCAGACAGAGUGCCAGUAUGUGUAUUUACAUCAAUGUGUGAGAGAUGUCUUAAGAGCCAGGAAGCUUCGUAGUGAACAAGAAAACCCUUUAUUUCCAAUCUAUGAAAAUGUGAAUCCAGAGUAUCACAGAGAUGCUGUCUAUUCAAGGCAUUAAGAAUGUAGCAGAGAUCUCUUUGGAUCAACCCCAUUCACUGUGUGACUGUUUUUGUUAAACUCCAUAUCCUAGAGAGGUGCCAGAUAUUUCUGUUUAUAUUGUGUAUAAUUUAUUAGUCGAGUAAAUUUUAAAAUAAUCUAUGUAAUUUAAGUAUAAUAGUUAUUAUUGUACAUAAUUUGUAUUUUGUGAUAUUCUUCUGUAAAUAUGUAUUUUUCACAGUGUUUAAUAUUAAGCUUCAGAUAAUACUAUUUUUCCAUCCUAAAGUUUUUAUAAAUUGUUCUAUAUAAAUGGUUUUAACCUGUAUGACAGGAUCAUUGGUGGAAUGUCUGUGUUGGCUUUUUCAUUGUCCCUUAAUAUCCAGGGGCAAUCUUGGGGGGGGGGGGAGUCCGUCACUUAUUUGAUAGUCAAAGAAUUGGAAAAAUCUCAGAGUGGAUGGCAACCUACAUUUGAGCCAUCUGAAUCCGAGUCUACAUAAUGAGAAAUACCAGAUGAGAAGAUUAAUCAAGCUGAUGUGUUCCCAGCAUCUUAACUACCAAAUAGGAAACAUCAGCAAAGCUCUUCCAUCAGCUAUGGCUCCCCUGGCCCUCACCAGUAAUUCCCCAGUGGCCGCUUCAGUGUCUGUGUAAGGAUAAAGCCACAUUUACAGAGAGAUUCUUAAAAAAAAUACUGAAGACUUUUAAUGGUUUCUGCUCUGAGCAAAAGCAGAAUUCUACAUACAAGGAAAAAUACCAGCAAUAAGCCAUUUCCUGAAAACUCAGUGACCACAGUAGCAUGAAAGAAUAGUGUAGACACCACUGGGGGCUAUUUCAUCUUGUCAGUGUGUCUACACAAAAAGUGUGUGUAUAAGGGGGUGACUAGUGACAGGCAGCCCCUUUUAUCUAUUACGUUCAUGUUUGAAUGUUUAUAUGUUUAUAGUCCUCUGAUUUGCAGGGAGUUAUAUUCCUGGAAAAGGUGCUUUAAAUCAGAAUGAUGUCAAUUUAAUCUGAUUUUCCCCUUGUAAACAAUAUUAUAGUGGGGGAAGGGAGAAGAGAGGAAGAGGGUUAUAUUUGAGACCUAAGAUCCAGUGCCAACUUUUCAUAGAAAUGACCACAAGUACCAUAUUUAAUCUAAAAUUCCAAUCGACACUUGUGUGCCAAAUGAUGUAUACCUUAUGUACUGUUCAAUACAAAUGAAGCAGGGCAAUACAGUAACAAAUCACAAACUUGUAUUUUGUAGGGUGAAAUUAUCUCUACAUAAUAUACAAAGUCCUUAUCUUAGUUUUCCAUAAUUCCUUCUUAGUUUUACUGCAACAAAUCCCAUAAAAGGAAGAAACACUUUUAUCAAGAUCAUGACACCAAUUUCCACCCCCCCCUUAUCAAUCUCUUUCUCUCUCUUUUUGUCUCUCUCCCUCCCUCUCUCUCUUUUCUCUCUGAGACUCUUUC